AUGUCUGGCAAGGCAUUUGUAGUCUUCGCAUCUGCGUUGAGCGCCGUCGCUAUUGGUGUAGCUCUUACUUCGGCGAUAGUGAUGAUAAACGACAUCAACAACUUCUACGAUGAUGCGAUUAGCAAUUUGGACGAGUUUAAGGAAUUCGCCAAUGAAGCCUGGAACACGAUGAUUAUCAGCUCCAAAGCUGAGUCCAUGGACCUCCUUUUCGGAAGAACCAAGAGAGCUAGCGGUUCGUGCAAUUGCGGUGCCCAACCCAACAACUGUCCACCCGGACCACCUGGACCACCGGGACAAUCUGGUAUGCCGGGAAUGCCCGGAAGCCAUGGUGCUCCCGGACCUCACGGUAUGAGAGGUGUCAGCAUGACCGGUGGUAUGAACCAACCCGUCGGUUGUAUUAAAUGUCCCGCCGGACCUCCUGGACCCCCGGGAAUGAAUGGCUCCCCUGGAAUCAUUGGAGCAAAUGGUAUGCCAGGAAUGCCGGGAAUGCCAGGAGUGAGAGGACCAGAAGGACCAGAUGGCGAACCUGGAAAUGCUGGUAACCCCGGACGCCCUGGAAUGAAUGGACAACCCGGAACACCUGGAAUGAAUGCAAUGCGAGGACAUGGCCGACCCGGUAGACCCGGACCACCUGGAAUGAUGGGAACUCCCGGAACUCCCGGCACACGUGGAACGAAUGGAAUGGAUGGAAUGCCUGGCUCAAUGGGAAUUCCUGGAAUGCCCGGAAAACCAGGAACAAAGGGAGCGGACGGAAGCCCAGGAAUGACUGGCGGUCCAGGAUUACCGGGAGAGGAUGGAGUCUACUGCCCUUGUCCUCGCAGAAUCUCCGAAUUUGCCCAACCACCAGAACCUCGGCCCAGUGCCGCCAUCGUGGCGCAGCCACCGGCUCCCAGCCCGCCCAGCGCCGCCGUCGAGGCUCAACCACCGGCUUCCACGCCGGCUCCUGUCACCGCCGAUGCUGCUGUGAUCGGCAAGUCCGGUUAUAACUAG